CUCCUGGUAACCUGGUGGCAAGGAGCGGCGGCCGCCGGCGCCAUGGGGACUGCCUCAUCGCUCGUGAGCCCCGCCGGCGGGGAGGUGAUCGAGGACACGUACGGGGCGGGCGGCGGCGAGGCCUGCGAGAUCCCGGUGGAGGUGAAGCCCAAGGCCCGCCUGCUGCGCAGCUCGUUCCGCCGGGGCGCGGGGGCGGGGGCGGGGGCCGGGCCGGGUUCGCUGCCCCGCGGGGCGGGCGGCGGCGGGCUGCUGGGGGCCAGCUUCAAGUCCACUGGCUCGUCGGUGCCCGAGCUGGAGUACGCGGCGGCCGAGUACGAGCGGCUGAAAAAGGAGUACGAGAUCUUCCGGGUCAGCAAAAACCAGGAGUUGUUAUCCAUGGGCCGCCGCGAGGCCAAGCUGGACACGGAGAACAAGCGGCUGCGGGCAGAGCUGCAGGCACUUCAGAAAACUUACCAGAAGAUACUUCGGGAAAAGGAAAGUGCUUUAGAAGCAAAAUAUCAAGCAAUGGAGAGAGCAGCUACAUUUGAACAUGACAGAGAUAAAGUUAAGAGGCAAUUUAAGAUUUUUAGGGAGACCAAGGAAAAUGAAAUUCAGGAUUUAUUGAGGGCCAAGCGAGAGUUGGAGAGUAAACUUCAGAGGCUACAGGUUCAGGGGAUCCAUGUAUUUGAUCCUGGAGAGUCUGAUUCAGAUGACAACUGUACAGAUGUUACUGCUGCUGGACCCCAGUGCGAGUAUUGGACUGGUGGAGCCUUGGGAAGUGAGCCCUCCAUAGGGAGUAUGAUUCAGCUUCAGCAGUCUUUCCGGGGCCCUGAGUUUGCCCUUAGUUCUAUAGAUAUAGAAGGACCCUUUGCUAACGUCAACAGAGAUGACUGGGAUAUUGCUGUAGCUAGUUUAUUACAAGUUACCCCCUUGUUUUCACAUUCUCUGUGGAGUAACACUGUCAGAUGUUACCUCAUUUAUACAGAUGAAACCCAGCCCGAAAUGGAUCUUUUCCUUAAGGACUAUUCACCUAAACUUAAAAGAAUGUGUGAGACAAUGGGAUAUUUUUUCCAUGCUGUGUAUUUUCCAAUUGAUAUUGAAAAUCAGUACCUCACUGUAAGAAAAUGGGAAAUUGAGAAGAGUUCAUUAGUUAUCUUAUUCAUUCAUUUAACCUUACCAAGCCUGUUAUUGGAAGACUGUGAAGAAGCUUUUCUGAAAAACCCUGAAGGCAAACCACGAUUAAUUUAUCAUCGUUUGGAAGAUGGGAAAGUCAGUUCUGACUCUGUCCAGCACCUGAUUGAUCAAGUUUCUAACCUGAACAAGACCAACAAAGCCAAGAUCAUUGAUCACUCAGGAGAUCCUGCAGAAGGAGUCUAUAAAACCUAUAUUUACGUAGAAAAGAUUAUUAAACAGGACAUCCUGGGCUUUGAAACUACAGACCUGGAAACUAAGGAUUUGGGCAGUGAAGAUUCUAUUCCAGAAGAAGAUGAUUUUGGUGAUGUUCUGUGGGACAUACAUGAUGAACAAGAGCAAAUGGAAGCUUUUCAGCAGGCUUCAAAUUCAGCCCAUGAGUUGGGAUUUGAGAAAUAUUACCAGCGCCUUAAUGAUCUAGUGGCAGCACCAGCACCAAUUCCACCCCUUCUUGUAUCUGGAGGACCAGGCUCUGGAAAGUCCCUUCUUUUAUCAAAGUGGAUUCAGUUACAACAGAAGAAUUCCCCUAACACACUAAUUCUUUCUCAUUUUGUGGGGAGGCCCAUGUCAACCAGCUCAGAGUCUUCCUUGAUUAUUAAACGACUGACUCUAAAGUUGAUGCAGCAUUCUUGGUCAGUAUCUGCUCUGACAUUGGAUCCUGCUAAGCUUCUGGAAGAAUUUCCACAUUGGCUGGAAAAACUGUCUGCCCGUCAUCAAGGCAGCAUCAUCAUCAUUAUUGAUUCUAUAGAUCAAAUUCAGCAAGUUGAAAAACACAUGAAAUGGCUGAUAGAUCCACUGCCAGUGAAUGUAAGAGUAAUUGUUUCUGUGAAUGUGGAAACAUGCCCUCCAGCAUGGAGGUUGUGGCCUACACUUCAUCUUGACCCUUUAAAUCCUAAAGAUGCAAAAUCUAUUAUAAUCGCAGAAUGCCACUCUGUAGACAUUAAACUGAGUAAAGAGCAGGAGAAGAAGCUAGAACGACACUGUCGUUCUGCUACAACCUGCAAUGCCCUUUAUGUCACUCUUUUCGGCAAAAUGAUUGCGUGUGCUGGGAGAGCAGGCAAUUUAGAUAAAAUCCUUCUUCAGUGUUUCCAGUGUCAAGAUACUGUUUCAUUAUAUAGACUUGUUCUUCGAUCUAUCCAGGAGUCCAUGACAAAUGAUAUGGAUAAAGAGCUAAUGAAACAGAUUCUCUGCCUUGUAAAUGUUAGUCACAAUGGUGUGAGUGAAUCAGAAUUGAUGGAAUUCUAUCCUGAGCUAUCCUGGGCUGUCUUGACCUCCCUUAUUCACAGUUUACACAAAAUGUGUUUGUUGACUUAUGGUUGUGGUUUGCUCAAGUUUCAACAUCUACAGGCUUGGGAAACAGUGAGACUAGAGUACAUGGAAGGUCCCACCAUUAUUUCUUCAUAUAGGCAAAAGCUAACCAACUAUUUCACCAUGCAGCUAAGUCAGGACCGAGUGACUUGGAGGAGUGCAGAUGAACUGCCUUGGCUAUUCCAGCAGCAGGGAAGUAAACAGAAGCUGCACGAUUGCCUUCUUAACCUCUUUGUGUCUCAAAACCUCUAUAAAAGAGGACACUUUGCUGAGUUGCUGAGUUACUGGCAGUUUGUUGGUAAAGACAAAAGCGCGAUGGCAGCAGAAUACUUUGAUUCAUUGAAGCAGUAUGAGAAAAACUGUGAAGGCGAGGAGAGCAUGAUUUGCUUAGCUGACCUUUAUGAAACCCUGGGGCGAUUUCUCAAGGAUCUAGGCCUUCUCAGUCAGGCUGUGGUGCCUUUGCAGAGGUCUCUAGAAAUUCGAGAAACAGCUUUAGAUCCAGAUCACCCACAAGUAGCUCAGUCCCUCCACCAACUAGCAAGUGUGUACGUGCAGUGGAAGAAGUUUGGCAAUGCUGAACAACUAUAUAAACAGGCAUUGGAAAUCUCAGAAAAUGCCUAUGGUGCGGACCAUCCACAUAUUGCUCGCGAACUUGAAGCACUUGCAACUUUGUACCAGAAACAAAAUAAAUAUGAACAAGCUGAACAUUUUAGAAAAAAAUCUUUUAAAAUUCGUCAGAAAGCUACAAGGAGAAAAGGCAACUUGUAUGGAUUUGCCCUUUUACGUAGACGGGCCCUACAGUUAGAAGAGCUCACGUUAGGUAAGGAUACACCUGACAAUGCUCGGACCCUCAAUGAACUGGGUGUGCUCUACUAUCUUCAGAACAACCUGGAAACAGCUGACCAGUUUCUGAAGCGUUCCUUGGAGAUGAGGGAGCGAGUUCUAGGACCAGAUCACCCUGACUGUGCCCAGUCUUUGAAUAAUCUGGCGGCUCUAUGCAAUGAAAAGAAACAGUAUGAUAAAGCAGAAGAACUUUAUGAAAGAGCCUUAGACAUUCGGAGACGAGCAUUAGCUCCUGAUCACCCUUCUUUGGCUUAUACAGUGAAGCAUCUUGCAGUCUUGUAUAAGAAAAUGGGGAAACUUGACAAAGCUGUACCUUUGUAUGAGCUGGCUGUUGAAAUCCGGCAGAAAUCCUUUGGCCCAAAGCACCCUAGUGUAGCUACUGCCUUGGUGAACUUAGCUGUUCUUUAUAGCCAAAUGAAAAAACACAUUGAGGCCUUGCCGUUAUAUGAAAGAGCAUUAAAGAUUUAUGAGGACAGCCUGGGUCGGAUGCAUCCUCGAGUUGGAGAAACAUUAAAAAAUUUAGCUGUGCUUAGCUAUGAAGAAGGGGAUUUCGAAAAAGCUGCUGAACUAUACAGAAGGGCAAUGGAAAUAAAAGAAGCAGAAACGUCUCUUUUGGGUGGAAAAGCUCCUUCCCGACAUUCAUCAAGUGGAGAUACGGUUAGCUUAAAAACAACCCAUUCUCCUAAUGUUUUCCUUCAUCAAGGACAAAGGUAAUAGCAGCAACUACAAUUCAUUGCAAAUGCAACUUAGGAUAAAAUAAUUAAGAAACAUUUGGAACAUUAGAAUUUAAAACUUAUAAAAAUAGUUUUUAAGAAAACUUAUUUUUGUGUGAUUUAACUGAUAUUUGUAUGAAAUUGUAUUGGACUACAUUGAAGUUUGAGUCAUGAUUGUUUUGAUUUUAGUUCUUUAAAAGAAUUAAUUUUCCUAUUGUGUGGGAACCAAGGAUGUAGACACAUUAGAAUCCUAAGAUGACAUGAAGAGUUGAUCAUGGAGAGUAGACUGGUCUCUGUUCUACAAGAGCUGGCAAAGCAGCCAAGACAAGCGGUUCAAGAAUUCCGUGAUUCUUCUCCUCUCUCAAGUCACUUUAGCCUCAUCAUUCCUCAUCUUGCUUUUCAGCAGCAGUCUGGCCCAGUUCUCUACCUCAAAGAAAAGUUUCAAGGAGUAAAGGGAUAAUGUUGACGGAAAGUAUGAAUUGUCUUCUGUAAAACGAACUAGUAAUAGGAAUCUCUGACUGCUACAUUUUUUUUAUUCUACCUUUUCAGUCAGCAGAUUGGGCCAAGCCCUCUGCUUUCCAUGCUCUCUACACUGUAUAUUGUUUUUACUGUGUAGUAUGUACCUGCACAAUCUGAAGUCAUUAAUGCAGUAACAGGUCAAGCUCUUUGGCAUUCUUUGACCUUUCCCAAAAUAUGGACAUGACCUUCUUUCUUAAAUGGCCUAAAUCUAUGUCUUCAUUUAUCUUAGACUCAAAGUAGUUGGCCAUUUUAUACUGAAAAUUAAAUAUUUUUAUAGAUUUUAUAAAUAUUGCCAAUUUGGGAUAAUGUUUUGUACCAUUUAUGUAUUUAUAUAUAAAUAAAAUCUUCAAUUUUAAUACUUGUAAGAUUCCAACAUGUAUUAAUUGUAAAGGUGAAAGAUGUAAUAACCAUAUUUCACUGUUUUAGAAUAAAAGUGGAAUUUCAAGUUCUUUUUCCCACUCCAGUGUAUAUUGGGUUGGCCAAAAGUUUCGUUCGUUUUUUUCCGUAAGAUGGAUCUAAUAGCACUUAGUUGUCUUUAACUUCAUUCGUAACAAUGUUGUUAAAUUGUAUGUGACAGCUAUCAUAUCAGUGUGCAUUUUAAAAAAGAUUUAUCAAAAUUGGUGAAUUUUUGUAUAGCCAUUUUAAUAUUGAAGAUGGAAG